AUGCUGACGGCACCGGCUCCCUCCCGCGGGGCCAUCGCCCGCGGAUGCGCGCGGGGUUACGCCGCGAGCGGUCGCGCCGGCGCGCCGGCUCGCGUCGUCGCGUCGAUCUCCGCGCGCGUCUCCUUCCGCGACGUCCCGUUUCGCGUCGCACUGGCCGCCCGCCCCGCCGGGGGUAACGGAGGAGUGCCGUUGAGAAAUGGAACGAGGCGCGGGCCCCGCGUCGUCGCCGCCGUGAACCCCGUCUCGCUCGUCGCCGAGGCCAUCGCCGGGGGCGCCGGCGCCAAGGCCGCGGGCGUCGCCACCGCAGCCGCGGGCGCCGCGGCGUCCACCGUCACCAACGCCGCCACCUCCGCGGCGGCCGCGGGCGGCGGGGGCUUCAUGGGCUACGUCCUCUCGUUUCUCUUCGGAGGCUUCUUUUUCAGCACGCUGCUGGGGGUCGCCGCGCUCUUCAUCUCCGUCGGAGGCGAGAACGUCCGGCGCGCGUGGAGGGUGUUCAACUUCCUCGGCGGAAGGGUCUGGGCCCUCGUCGUCAAGACCGCGGCGGCGGUCAAGGAGUCGCUCCAGGCGGAGAACACCACCCUGGAGGACACCAAGAAGGUCCUGUUGGAGGGAUACCAGGCCACCAAGCGCGAGGUUGACGACGCGCUGACCGCGUUCAACCAGGAGAGGGACUUCUACGCCGCGGCCGUCGGUAUCCCCGGUCUGCGAACGGCGCAGUACGUCAUCGACCACAUGAUGCCGGGCCUCAUCGCGCAGAAGCUCGAGAACUCGAUGGCUGAUUCCAUAGCCAACGUCAAGCACCCCAACGUCAAGAAGAUGAUACUGAAAGGGGUCAAGGCGGGCACCGCCGCGCCGCUGCUGACUGGCGCGCGGUUUUACGACGUCGGCGACCGGGCGAUGGCCUUCGACGUGGACGUCAAGUGGACCUCCGAGGUGACCGCGACGAUGGACGUGGUCCCCGAGAUGGGCCUCCUGACGGACCUCGGCGGCGGCCUCACGCGCGUCCCCGUCAUGGUACACAACGUCGUCUUCGACGGGACGAUCCGCGUGUUGAUGGCCGAGCUCACGAGGGAGGAUCCCGGGUACGGCGCCGUCGUGCUGUCCUUCCCGGAUCCCCCGCAGCUGUCGCUCGACGUUCGCGUGUUGGGAGGUUUGGAAGUUAACCGAGUGCCCUGGCUCCGCCGCGUGGUGGUGGACGCUACGAAGACGUGGAUCAAGGAGGAGAUGCUCUGGCCUCAGCGAAUGCUCAUACCCGCGGAGAAGAACGUGGCGAAAGGGGAGAAGCCCGGGUUCGUGCUGACGGACGCCCAGCUGAAGAAGGUGCUGCAGGAGGACCCUCUGCUUCUCGCAGAGCAGCGGCUCAAGUCGUUGCAGCAAAUCGCCACCGGCGAGAUUGGCCAGAAGAGAGAGCCCGGCGAGGGGCUCGCGUCCGGGGACGAGGACGACCCGACGGGCCCGGAGAUCGACGUCGAGCUCACCGACCCGUCCAACCCGCGGGUCGUUCCCCCGAAACCCACCGCGCAGCAGCAGGCGUGGGCGUGGCUGUCCGGCACCGCGAAGGUCACCGCGGACAAGACGGUGGACCUGAGUUUAAAGACUGUGGAGGUGACCAAGCAGGUGGCGACGAGCGAGGAGACCAAGACUGUGGUCAAGAACGUCGGGACGUGGUUCCAACGGGACCUCGGAGGGUGGGUUAACAACGUCGCGGCGAGGGCGCAGGGAAAAGUGCAGACGGACGCCCGAGGAUACCCCAAGGCGGAUGCGUGGACCGAGGCGCCCAAGCAAAACAAGGCCGACGCCGCCAAGAUGGCGUCGAUCGACGAGUCGUCGGAGGAGGGCGCGAACGGAAACAAGAACGGCGGUAAGAACGGCGUCCAGAAGAACGGGGGCGCCGCGACGAACCCUUCGCCCGCGCCGGGGAGCGCGUGAAAGCAGCACCCGCCGGCGACUCUUCUCUAGCUACAAGUAGUCUACUUUUGUAUGUUACCUUCGUACCUUCUG